AUGGCCCCUUAUUCCGUAUUACCUCCUGCUCCUUCAGCUACUAAUGCCAACACACAUCCCGGGGAUCUGCGCGAUGCAGCGGCAGAUUUGCGGGUCCUCGCCGCCAGGAACGGACAUCACAGCCACGGCCUUCCGGGCAACGUCCUGCUAGAUUCGCUCGGCAUGGUCUCAUCGUCCUCAUCCACACCUCCUCUCUCAUCCGCCGCGCCAAUGACGGUUCCUGGCCGCUCAGACUGGCCGCUGCUGCACGUUGAUCUAGGCCCUGAAGCCGGCCUCGACACUUCCGCAAUGCCUCCGAUUGAGCCCUGCCAAAACGUCUUCGGUUUCCUCAACAGCAUGACCAUGCCGGGCCAUGCAGCCCCUGAAGGUGUUGUUCAAGAUGAAGAUACUCGUCUUCGGAAUCCCAUCACCGGCUCCGGCACGCAGUCUGACUUUCUCAUGCAUGACGUGUGCGCGUAUCCCGCCAUGAUGGUCAAGGGACCUAUUCUUCCUCCGUUUAUUCACAGCCGGUGUAGUUUAGAUGAUAGCCUGACGCAUGAUUGCGCAAAGGCUCAAAAGCACAACUGUUUAAGGAGGACGUUGAGUAUAUGUGCUUCCCUGGUGGGAAUGUGGUUGGACAAAACCCCAGUCAACAGUCCGUUUGUGUGGGAGACGAUAUAUAAUGAAGUUGCCAGGCUGCAGAAGGAGCACGAGGCAUAUGAUUCGGAAACAUUGCUGGAGUCAGUCCAGGCAUUGACAGUAUACCUUUUACUUCAAGCCCAGGACACAGAGACACUUGCGAAGAACGACGUCAAAUUCCUCCUCAUCACAAUAGGCGAAAUUGGCCAGAAGAUGCAUACAACACUCGGAUACAACACCGUCUUAGACACCAUCGAAACCCCUUUCUGUCGUUCAACCUGGGUCCUCUAUGAAAGCUCACGAAGAACAUUCUGUCUCCUCUACGUCGUCGAAAUGUUCCUCGAAGUCACCCUCCGCCAACACGAAGCCCGCUGCUGCCAAUCCUUCGCCAACGCGCCCCUCCCCUGCACCCGCGAGCUCUGGGAAGUCCCCUCCACCUACGAGUGGAGCAAGCGGUACGCCGCGUUCCUCCGCGGCAGGGCCGUCGACAAGAUCCUCACCUUGGCCGACUACAAGCUUUCGCACCAGCUGUCGGCGGAGGAGCUCGUCAGCGGGACCGGGACGGGGGAAGGGGGAGGGAGCAUCACGCAGGAUGUUAUUAGGUGGUGUGAGGGCUUGGAUCAGUUUGGGACUUUGAUUUCGUUGGCGGCGACGCUGGUCAAGUAUGAGAAUGGACCGUCGAUAAUAAGCAGUCAUGUGUAUAAUAAGAUUGCAUAG